CGUGUGUCUCUACCUCUAUCUCUCUGUGUCAUUUUCAAGUCUAAGCUCCAUGUGGCUACUACUACUACACUGGCAUCGUCACCGGAGAGCAAAGGCACAAAGAGGGGCGAGAGAGGAGACAGAACAGAUACGCUACCUUACACCCAGAACAUUUAGUACCCUGGAUAUGAGACGAGGAGGGAAUUAGGAGGAAAGGAGAAGGAAAAAACAACAACAAAAAAUACAGCGAUUGACAUAUCAGCUGCUUCGAUUCCUGGAAGAUUUAAAAAUUUUUUUUUGCAAAACACCACACAGGAAAAUUGUUGCUGUGUGAUGCCCACAUGCAGAAAUGACCACUGAUCAAGAUUUGUCUAUGGAUGGCCAGUCAGCCAGAGCAGUGCUUGCUGCAAAGGGCACUGAUGUAACACCCAAUAAAGACCAAGGAGUUAUCAAGGUGGUGAAACGUCAGGGACUAGAUGGAGACCGGCCAAUGAUCGGGGACAGAGUAACGGUCCACUACACUGGGAGGCUGCUUACGGGGAAGAAAUUUGACUGCAGUCGAGAUCGUAAAGAGCCUUUUUCCUUCAAUGUAGGCAAAGGACAAGUCCUCAAGGCCUGGGACAUCGGCGUGCUGUCCAUGCAGCGAGGUGAGGUGUGCACCUUCUUGUGUAAACCGGAGUAUGCUUAUGGAACUGCUGGAAAUCCCAACAAAAUUCCUCCCUGUUCUUCAGUAGUGUUCGAGAUGGAGCUGCUCAAGUUUGAAGGGGAGGCGCUCACGGACGACGGCGGCAUCAUAAGGAGAAUAAAGGUCAAAGGGGACGGUUACACUAACCCCAACGAUGGAGCAACUGUUGAUGUGCACCUACAGGGAAGCUGUGGAGGCCGGUUGUUUGACUGCAGGGAUGUCAGCUUUAUUGUUGGUGAAGGUGAGGAUAAAAGCAUUCCCCUGGGAGUGGACCGAGCCUUGGACAAGAUGCAGAGAGGAGAGUGCUGCAUACUUUACUUAAAACCAAAAUAUGGCUUUGGAAGUGAAGGUAAACCAGAGUACAAAAUUGGACCAGACAAAGACGUUGUAUAUGAAGUUACCCUCAAAGACUUUCAAAGGGCUAAAGAAUCCUGGGAAAUGGACUUGAGUGAAAAGCUGGAUUUGGUUGGUGACGUGAAGAAUAAAGGGAAUCAGUAUUUUAAGGCAGGACGGUACUACCAGGCAAUCAUCCAGUACCAGCGCAUCGUUUCCUGGCUGGAGAUGGAGUGUGGUGCUGGAGUGGAGCAACAGAAGAGGAUACAAGACUGCAUCGUGACAGCUCACCUUAACUUGGCGUUGUGUUUCCUGCGGAUAAAAGAGUUUUCGCAAGUCAUAGACAACUGCAACAAGGUAAUUGAGCUCGAUAAGGGCAAUGAGAAGGCUCUGUAUCGUCGGGGGGAAGCCCGGCUCCUCCGCAACGAGUUUAGCCUGGCCAUGGCAGACUUUCAGCAAGUGCUGCAAGUCAACUCCUCAAAUCGUGCAGCUCGUGCUCAGAUUUCCAUCUGCCAGAGCAAGAUUAAGGAACAUCAUGAACAGGACAAGAAAACCUACGCCAACAUGUUCCAGAAAUUUGCAGAACGGGACGCCAAGACGAGGAGGACGAAGAGGAGGCGGGAUGAGAGCGAGAGGAGCGGCAUGAACGGAGAAGUGGGUAUUAAACGGCGGCGGAGGAGUCAGGACUGCCUGCCGUGACAGUGACAUCUGAAAGGGAGAGGAGAAAGCUUCCCUUUGCUUUCCAGGUCCAGGGAGCAGAGGCAGGAAUGAAGUUAAAUAAAAGCCUCUAAUCCAAACUUCUUUAUCCCGAAAUCCUGCGUGACCAUUCCCGCAUAUAAAGUAGAGCAUAAGCAGGGACGUUUGCAAGCCACACAGCAUUUCCCCUGUCACAUGGACUGUCGAACUGCCAGGACGCAGCUCCCAGUGGAUUUAGUGCUACAGAAUCAGUGAGCUAAGAUUGGUGAGCACUUCAAGCCCCCUGUCUUUGAUUUUGAAAAACUAUGGUUUGAUUACUUCAAGAAUGCAAAGAAACCUCAUUUUCUUUGUCGUUAGCCUACUGUGUAGAGUUGACAUGUGCCUCCACAGUGUGCUUCUGAUUCCAAAACCACGCUCGUUGGUUUUCAGACCUCUGACUUGUGUUUGGUAUUCAGCCUUUUUUCGGGGCAGCUGCAUGCAUGCACCACAAGGUGUUUGGGAUUCAGACUUGAAACUUUGCUAAUUUUUAAAUGUGCAAUAUGUACUUUGGAUAAAAGGUGUAACAAGUCCUGUCAGCUCAGUGGUAUGUUAAACAAAAAUACAAUCAAUCCUGCAUUUCUGUUUUGGCUACAACUUAGAAUUCGAUUGACAAUGAAGAAUCAGAGUAUAGGCACUUACAUAAGCCUGCGUUCAUUUCGAGUUGGAAUAUUGUUAAAACCUGCAAAUCAGUGACUUUAAAAAAAAUAUUCUCCUGAGCUAAAUGUUUAAUGUGGUCAUAAAUGACAGACACAAACCAUAAAUUCUCACCAGACCCAAAGCAUUGAGCAGAAUCUGAAAAAAGCACAAAGUACAGAUUGUAAAUUCUAUAAAAUCACAACACUGAAAUUGUGGAAUGAUCACAAUUUAGAGCUUUUGGUUAUCGCAACUGAAUUGUUAUGAGAUUAAUUUCCUGCAUUUGCCUGUUUCCUAUAAAGCCAAAUCACUACCUGUUCCUCCAAAUCCAAACUAAGGUUUGGAGUUAUUAUUUCCACAAAACACAACUCAAAUUUGGUGCUUGGUUUUGGGCAAAGAUGAGGCAUUGUUUUCCUAAUAUGGGUCAGACAGUGGUCAUGCACUAACAUAAUUUAUUCCUGAAUACAUGCAUGCUGAAAUCUUGUAUUUUAACCAUUAACCAUGUGAGGGAGUAAACGUAGUUUAUUUUACAAGGAGCCAGUCUUGUUUUGUAGUUGAUGAAGCAAGUAAACAACAGAAGAUAGUUGUCUGUUGAGUGAUAACAGGUGAAUUCUGUGGACUGAUGGCAGCUGCAAAAACUUUAAUAAAAUGAAAAAAAAAAUACAACAGAGAAAUUAUACAUCUAUAAAAGUGAAUGUUUUCGCUCCUGAGCUUCAAUAGAAUUUAGUGACUGAUGACUCAAACUUUCUUCUUCUGUUGCACUUCUUGCACGUCGAUCUAUCAGCUAAUUGCAUAAAGAGCAUGGCACAAUCUCUGAUGCACAUAAAACCGUCAUUGAGCAGGUAAAUACAUGCAGCGUUAUUUCAACAAAUCAAAAAAAAUUAGGAUUGACACCGACCACAAAAUGAAUGCACCGCAUUUCUGCCUUUGUAUUUAACAGGGUAGAUGUAGUGAGUACAAGUGACUGAGGGACAUAAAAACUGCAAUUUAGCUUUAAAAAUAAUCCGAACCACAGCUUUCUUUGAGCUUUUAACAAACGUCAUGAAUUUUUCUGUUUUGGUAAUGUGAUCAGCUACAUAUCUUUACAUUUGUGCGGUUACUUUUGCCUCAGUCCUGAAACAGGUGUUUCUUUAUUUCACACUCAAUCUACUCUUUUUUUUAUUUCAUUUUUAAGUGUGUGAAUGUUAGUAUAGUGGACAAUGAUGCACUUUGGUAACUGUUAAACCGACACUGUUAUCUUUUCAUAAACUGUCUGGAUGAAAUCAAGACAAUAAUUUUGAGAUGUUUUAUAAACAUUGGUUCAGAAUGAAAACCUUAGCUGUCUUAAAUAUUUUGUGUAAAAAAAUCAACAGUGUGUCGAUAUAUAUUGUUGUAUGUUAACAAGGUUUUUAAAGAGCUUGUUGCUAAAUGUUUUCAAAUACUGCUGGCUCUAAACACUCAAACAUUUUGUACAGUGGAGAUGAGCAUGAAGUACUUUUUCUAGCCAUUAUGAACUGUAUUUAAGAAUAUACAGACUAUUUUACCCCACUGUCAGCUACAACUAAAAGUAAAAUAUUGACAGGUCUCCUACUGCUACAUUGACCAUUUUGAUGACUUGGAAAAAAAAUUUCCAGGAGUUACUUUGACAAAGAAACGGGGCGUUAAACUGCAGUAUGGCCAAUGUGACAUUGAAUUCAAAUUGAAAUGUUAUGUCAUAAAAAAAUGUUUACAUGUAUCCAGAAGAUUAUUCCCCUGUAAAGCAAAAAACAAAAAAAAUGUGAUCAAUGUUUUAAACUGGCAUUUAUGCAAAAGAAAUAUUUUCAGAAAAAAACUGCAUAUGGUACCUUUGUUCAUGUCCUCUUUAUAUAUAUUUUUUAUUUUUUUGCACUUUAAAAGCAUUAAAUAAAUCCAAGAGUUGCAUUUCAA